AUGGCUGAGGAGCCCCGAAAGCUGCGGCGGCGUUCAGCGCGCUCUCCGCGCUUCCCGGGAGAUCGCCGGUCCCCCUGCGCCCAGCGAGUCGCCUUCCCGAUCCCUGAGCAGCUGCGGGAGACUUGCAGCGCUCGCUCGCUCGCUCCCGAAGAAGCGCUGCCACCUGAGAAAGAGAGAGAGGCUCGCGGAGCGGCAGUGGCGGCGGCGGCAGCAGCUCCGCCAGUCCCUUUGGCACAACUUCUCGCUCGCUCCAGCUCCAGCAGCGCCAAUCCGGUGGCCGCGCUCUCAGGGAUAUUUAUAGAGGAGGAUGCCAGGCCCCGCCUCGCCUGUCCCAGCUACCUAUCACGAGGGCUCCGGGCGGGGAACGGGGACCCCGACCCAGCAGGCUCGCUUAAGGUGGAGCGGCUUUCGCACCGGGGUGGGAAGGCGACUGCCGCUGCUGGCCCUUUAAGGCCCUGGGCUCGCUGUCGGUUCCUCGGUGUUUUUUUCUUUUAA